AUGGGCUCAAUCGCCAACCACUUUCCUUACCGUAUAGGCGUCGAUGUCGGCGGCACCAAUACCGACGCAGUCAUCGUCGAUACGACCGCCCAAGAUCGUUCUAAAUGUGUGGUGGCAGCGCAUAAAACACCCACGACCUCGCCCAACGUCACAACUGGGAUCGAGAAUGCUGUCAGACAUGUCCUGGAACAGUCCAAGGUGCCUGUUGAGCAGAUCUCCUCGGUCGCAAUUGGAACCACACAUUUCAUCAAUGCUGUCAUCGAACACGACCGGAGACAUCUAUCGAAAGUCGCUGUGAUCAGACUGUCAAAGAGCUUCACUAAAGAAAUUCCUCCCUUUUCGGAUUUUCCCAGUUCAUUGAAGGAUAUCAUGUAUGGCUGGCAUACGUUUGUGGAUGGUGGCCUCCACAUUGACGGAAGCGAGGAGGCGCCAAUCGUGGAGCAGCAAAUCAUAGACGCGUGUGCGACGAUCAAAGAAAAGGAGCUUACGGCAGUCGUUGUGUGUGGUGUCUUCUCACCACUCGACGGAGCCUUCCACCAGGAAGAAAGAGUUCGAAGCAUUAUUCGCCAGACACUCCCCAACGUGAGUGUAGUUUGCUCUUCGGAAAUCUCCAAUCUAGGCUUCCUAGAACGGGAGAAUGCAUCAAUUCUCAAUGCAUCGAUCCACAGAUUCGCACAGAAGACGGUAGCAGAAUUUCGAACGGCCAUGCGAAGACUCGAUCUACGGUGUAGAUUGUACCUCACACAGAAUGACGGAACUUUGAUUGAUGCUCAAUCCGCUGCUCGCCUUCCGAUACGGACAUUUUGUUCUGGGCCGACGAAUUCUAUGCGUGGUGCAGCGUAUCUGAGUGGCUUAUAUGCUGAUGGUACAUCGAACGAGGCUUCAAUAGUGUGCGACAUUGGCGGGACAACAGCAGACGUUGGAGUUCUACUACCCUCUGGAUACCCGCGACAGUCGUAUGCAAAUGUUUCGAUUGCAGGCGUCAAGAUCAAUUACGCCAUGCCUCAGGUCGAGUCCAUUGGUAUCGGUGGAGGAUCGAUCGUGCGGCGAGAUAUUGGCAAUGACAAGGUUAUAGUUGGAGCAGACUCAGUCGGAUAUGCUAUCAAGGAAAAAGCAUUGAUCUUCGGCGGAAACACGAUUACUACAACUGAUAUCGCCGUUGCUUCGGGACGUAGCAUCAUUGGAGCUAACAAAACCGCACUGAGUGUUCUUGGCACAGAUAUCAUCGAGAAGGCACAAGGAUGUAUCCGGAAACAGCUGGAAAGGGUUAUUGAUCUUGUCAAAACAUCACCGAGGCCUUUAGACCUCAUCCUAGUUGGCGGUGGAUCCAUCAUCGCCAUGGAUGAUCUAGAGGGAGUGAGGGCAAUUAUACGUCCGCCUCACUAUGAUGUUGCAAACGCCGUCGGUGCAGCCAUGUCAAGAGUGAGCGCCACCGUUGACAUCAUCCAAAAUAUCUCCGGAAGUACUGUGAAGGAGGCACUCGCUCAUGCUGCUGCUCUGGCUACGGAAAAGGCCAUCGCCAACGGAGCGGACUCCGGGACGAUAAGUAUAGCCGAACAGGAGUCCUUGCCACUGCAGUACCUUGACAAUCGCGUUAGGACAAUCGUGAAAGUCGUCGGCGAUUUUGGUGCUCACCACGCUCUCAUAGACGAUAUGCGUGCGGAAGAGAAGACAGUCGAGCACGAAUACGAGUUCGUCCCGGAUAAGGAGGCUUAUCAAGCUCCGAAGGAAAUCGAGCAGCUAGACAUCGAGUCCUAUAAGCCAACGAUCCGGCGAAACGAGAACAGUGGAAAGCUAGAAUGGCUGGUCUCGUCCAGCGAUCUCGAUUGGUUGUGCGACGGAUGUUACGUUCUUGGUUGCGGCGGUGGUGGGACACCAUAUCCAGAGACCCUGAAACUCAAACGACUUCUAAAUGAUGGAUAUAACUUCCGUAUCAUGGACGUUGAUGAUCUAGAGCCCGAGGCACAAAUAUAUUGGGCAGGCAACAUGGGCUCUCCGGCUGUUCCGCAGGAGAGGUUGUGUGCCAAUGAAUCCGUCGAAGCCAUAAACGAAAUGUUGGAAUACUAUCGUCAGGAUAGUUUUGAUGCUCUCAUCGGCCUAGAAAUUGGCGGUUCAAACGGUCUUUUGCCGCUGAGCAUGGGGUCUUCGAGACAUUUCAAUCGCCCCAUUGUCGAUGCAGAUUGGAUGGGCCGUGCAUUUCCAAAUUUAUGGCAAGUCACUGUAGCGGUGCACGAAGACAACCAGAUCACACCGUGCGCCAUCUCGUCCGGUGAUGGUAGGGCGCUGAUAAUGACCAAGUCACCAGACGAUGAGUCAAUUGAUCGAACGUUAAGAGCUCCUGCAGUCGAAAUGGGUUACUAUGUUGGUCUUGCAGCGAAGCCCACAACCACUGAACUUGUGCGGAAAUGGAGUAUCAGAAACACCAUGUCACAGGCAUGGAGGAUCGGCCGCUGCAUUGCCAGGGCGAGGAAGACGAACACAAUCAACACAGUUGCAGAACAAAUUGUGCAUGAAGUGGGAGGACCUGUGGCGGCUAAGGUCUUAUUCCGCGGUAAGAUUGUAGGCGUGGAAAGGCGACUCUACAAAGGGCAUUCGCACGGGGAGGUCGUCAUUCAAGCGAUACCGACGGAAGAGACGGAACAGAUCGAUGCCAAAUCGAUGCCAGUAAUGGUGGAAGGCGGAACCUUACGGAUCCCAUUCAUGAAUGAAAAUUUGUUAGCUGAGCACCAACAUGGGGACACUGCACCAACCGAAGUGAUUGCAUCGGUUCCAGACUUGAUAACUGUCCUUGAUGCGAAUACUGGGAAAGCAUUAGGCAUUUCAGAGUAUAAGUAUGGAGUGGUUGUCAUUGUGCUUGGGAUUACAUGCUCACCUAUUUGGGGCCAAACGGAAGCAGGGAUAAGAAAAGGGGGCCCUGGUGCAUUUGGCUUUGGUGAUGUUAUCCACGAACCACUGGGCGUCUAUCAGGAGCCCAUGAGUGUGAUUCGUGAAUUCGGACCGCGCUGA